CAUAUAUGCCACACCCUCCACUCACUAAAGCUGUACACAGUUCGCUUGAUUAAUUUCUUGUGUUGAUCAGUUGGAUAUGGGUGUUGCUUCCCACUUUGUUGUGGUUACUCUCUUGUGUGUGCUUAUUGUGAAUGGUGUAGUUGUUAUUGCUGAUGAUGACCACGGUGUUGGGGUAAAGGAUGACAAGAAGGCAUUCUUUCAUCGGCCCCUUUAUAAGAAGGGUUUUAGGCAUGGAAGGUUUGGUGGAGGAGGCAUUGGCGGUGGAGCUGGUGGCGGCUAUGGUGGUGGUGGAGGCAUUGGUGGGGGAGCUGGUGGUGGAUUUGGUGGUGGUGGUGGCGUAGGUGGGGGUGCUGGUGGUGGUAUUGGUGGGGGCGCUGGUGGAGGCUAUGGGGGUGGUGCUGGGGGAGGUCUAGGUGGGGGUGCAGGUGGUGGAGGAGGGCUUGGAGGAGGUGGAGGACUUGGUGGUGGUCUAGGUGGGGGUGCAGGUGGUGGGGGAGGGCUUGGAGGAGGAGGAGGGCUUGGGGGAGGUGGUGGUGCUGGAGGAGGUGGAGGACUUGGUGGUGGUGGUGGUGCCGGAGGAGGAGGUGGAGGUGCUGGAGGAGGGUUUGGAGCUGGUGGAGGUGCUGGCGGUGGAAUAGGUGGUGGAGGAGGAGGAGGGUUCGGAGGAGGUGGUGGCUUCGGCAGUGGUGGUGGUGGUGGCUUCGGCGGUGGAUUUGGAGCUGGUGGUGGUGGCCAUCAUUAAUGUCCCUUUUUGAAUCAUGCAGAGCGUACCAUAUUAUAUGUUUUGUUGACAUAAGAGAGUCAGAGAGAUGUAAUGUGUUUUAAGGUGAUCAUUUGGUCCAAUAGUAUAAUAGGAACCAAGUUUUAUGUGUAA